AUGAUGGAGUCGCUAGAAGCGAUCCUCAAGGCAAAAGGUAUUCCGUUCUGUCGGAUUGGUAACCGCAUACGUUGUUUUCCGCAUGUUGUCAACAUUGCUGUCCAGACCGGUGUCCGGCAGCUGACCGAUAUCCCAGACGAUGUCUAUCAUGACAACGUCGCUACGACGGAUCCUUACCUUGAUGCACUGCGUGCAGACCCAGUUGUGCAGGCACGCGAUUUGGUUCGCGUCUCACGAGCUUCACAACAGCGCCGUGAAGAGUUUCAAGAUACAAUCAAGGAAGGCAACACACAAAAGGCAUUUGGCGACCAACCACUACCGGAAGCCGUCUUACUUCAAGACGUCGACACUCGAUGGUCCUCCCUUUAUCUCAUGAUUGACCGGGUCCUUGAACUCUAUCAGGCAGUCCAUAAAUUCCUCCAGCGACCACGUCAAGAUGCUAUCAAGCACUAUGCCCUGAGUAGGGAAGCCUUGGAGGUACUGCAGGACGUGCGUGAGUUUCUCCAAGCACCACACAUGGUACAGGAGGUCCUUUCGGCGCAGAAGACACCGACACUCAGCAUGGCACUGCCUGGAUACGAGAAGCUGAUUGUUCUUCUCCGCUUGCUGCGAAAGAAACUCCCACGCAUCGCUCAUGGAAUUGACGCGUCAAUUCGAAAAUUGGAAGAAUAUCUCGGACGAUCGCGCGAGACGAAGAUCUAUGUAAUCGCAAUGGGUAUGACUUGCUCGCAUUCUCUCACACUCACAUUAACCAUUUCCUUAGUCAUCAACCCGACGAUGAAGAUCGAAUGGCUUCGGAAGAACUGGGGUGAGCGUGAUGGCAAUGAGGCGCGGAAGCUCUUACGGGAUACGGUACGAUGA